AUGACUCUGCGUAAUGGCAUUACAGCUCAUCCCAAGGGCAAUGUGUGGUUUCUUGUCACGGAGCACAGCAGUUAUGUGAUUGGCGCCACAAGCGAGGGACUUUUACUGAACCUUCAUUGGGGAGGAAAGCUCACGACGAUGGAGGGACCUUGGACGGCAGCGGUUCCCCCCGAACGCAGUUCACAAGAUCCAGGGUUAACAGCCGCCACGGAGGAAUUUCCUGUUUUUGGCGGUCUUCGCUACGGACUCCACGCGCUCAAAGCCGAGUUUACAGAGACGCACACACGAGAACUUGAUUUGAUGUGGACAGGAGAAGCGGUUCAACAAGGCACGAGUUUACAGUUACAGUUAUGCGACCGUGUAUACAAGGGAUUCUGUGUUUAUCUGCAUUAUGAAGUGGAUAUUCAGCAUGAUAUCAUCCGACGAUGGACGAGUGUCAAAAAUGGAACCAAAAACAACAUUGAACUGGAAAAAAUCAUGUCCGCCGGAUGGCAUCUUCCGCCUACGUACAUGAAGCGUGAAUUGGUCACGUUGGCGGGCGAGUGGUCUGCAGAAACGCAGGUGCAAGUGCAUUCACUUCAACCGGGUCUCACGCAGACCAUAGAAAGCCUGCGGGGGAUCCCAUCCGCUCAAGCCUAUCCGUUUUAUGCAGUCAAACAAGCCAAUCCCGAGUCGCAGGAGGCCGCUGUGUACUUUGGCACCCUGGCUUGGAGUGGCAAUUGGGAGAUCCAUUUGAAAACCGACAUUCAGGGAGCCACGGUCAUCACAGGAGGUAUCCAUCACAACGAUUUUAGUUGGACGUUGAAGCCUGGUGAAACGUUUGACACACCUUAUUUUGCUUGCGGCUAUUCCAUCGAUGGACUUUCGGGAGCACGCCGUCGAAUGACUUCGUUUACGAAAACCCGUCAACAUGCUGGCCAUUUGACGAAUCCAGUGCUUUACAACUCUUGGGAAGCCACCGGGUUUCACGUCACGUAUGAUAAUCAAAAAAGGCUGGCCGAGUUGGCAGCCACCGUUGGUGCAGAACUAUUCGUAGUGGACGAUGGAUGGUUUUCGGGACGUCGCGACGAUCAUGCUGGGUUAGGCGACUGGUAUCCUGACGACAUCAAAUUUCCUCACGGACUACGGCCGUUGUCUGAUUAUGUCCAUCAACUGGGCAUGGACUUUGGACUUUGGUUUGAACCAGAAAUGGUGAACCCAGAUUCGGACUUUUACCGGAACAAUCCAGAUUGUGUAUAUCAUUAUCCUGAUCGUCCGCGCAGUCUUGAGCGGAAUCAACUGGUAUUGGAUUUGACGCGAACCGAUGUACAGGAGUAUCUGUUUGACCGCUUGAGCAAGCUUAUUGAUGAAGUCAACAUCGAUUAUAUUAAAUGGGAUAUGAAUCGACCCAUCUCUGAAGCGAGCGGAUUCUUUACAGCGCAAGCGUUGAAACGCAAUCCUCGGGAAAUCUGGGUGCGUCACGUUCGAGCUUUUUACGGUCUGAUUGAGCGGUUGAAGAAAACCUUCCCUUUGCUUCGGAUCGAAUCCUGUUCCAGCGGAGGCGGACGAGCGGAUGUUCAGAUCAUUGAGUAUACAGACCAAUGUUGGACAAGUGACAAUACGCGACCCGAUGCACGUCUACGGAUUCAAUACGGGGCAUCGUUUAUAUUGCCUCCAAAAUGCAUGUCGUGUUGGGUCACUGAUAUGCCGACGGACGAGUCGCUGAUGCCUUUGAGUUUCCGAUUCCACGUUUCUUUUAUGGGUACGCUGGGUGUAGGCGCGAAUCUGACCCGCUACACUGCAGACGAGCUUCAGCUGGCUUGUGAUUGGAUCUCGGUUUACAAAUCUUUGAGGUUCAUUUUGCAACAUGGUGUUAUUGAUUGGCUUAUUGCUCCUCAAGCAUCGCAAUGGCAAAUGAUGGCUAGUCAAACCUAUUUAAACGAUGACGAAAGUGUGGUUCUCGUGUUUCGAGAACAGAGUCCAUUUUGGCAACCCAUACCUCCUUUACGUGUACGGCAUCUGGAAGCGUCAGUUAUGUAUACCGUUCAAAUAUGGCAUCAAGAUCCUGCGGCCGCUGACAUAUUCAGUUUUUCCGGUGCCUUUUUGAUGCAAAAGGGGUUAGACCUGCCUUAUUUGACACGCCAUGCCUACAGCAGCGUGGUCAUCCACAUCAAUAAAAGUGGCCAAGGGGGUUCCCGGCGGGAGGGACUGAACGGUUAG